CUCCUGAAGAUGCCCAGGAGAGGAGCCCUUCCUGAGGGGACACUCCUGGUGCUGCUGCAGCUGGCAUUUGUCCCAUCCCCACUGGCAGGCUGCCUCCUCGAUCCCUGUUUGGAGGUCACCCCUAAUACAACUUUCAGAUGCACUGGACUGAACAUGUCUGGAGUUCCUGAUGGAGUCCCAAACACAACCCAGAACUUGGACCUCAGUUUCAGUAAUCUGAAAUCACUGGGGCCAAAUUAUUUUGCAUCAGUCCCUGAGCUGCAGCUUCUGGAUCUGUCAAGGUGCCACCUCCAUACAAUAGGAAAUAACUCCUUUAUGGAUCUCCAUAGACUUUCCACCUUGAUUUUAACUGCCAAUUCCCUCCAGCACCUGGGAAAAACAGCUUUCUAUGGCUUAAUAUCUCUGAAGAAACUGGUUCUGGUGGAAACAAACAGAAGCUCUCUGACUGAGCUGCCCAUUGGCCACUUGCAUACUCUGCAGGAACUGAAUUUAGGCCACAACAGCAUUACUUCACUGAAGCUUCCCAAGUAUUUCACCAACAUGACCUCUCUCAGGCACCUGAGCUUCUUCUCUAACAAGAUCACAUCUAUCUCCAGAGGAGACCUUGAUGCCCUGAGGGAAAGGAACAGCCUCAACCUGACUCUGGUGCUUUCCUUGAACAAUAUAAAAUCCAUCGAGCCAGGGGCCUUUGCAGGGAUUCACCUUGCUGAGCUGGCUCUCAGGUCUGCUUUUGAGAACUUCAUGAUGCAAACUUCUCUGCAAGGCCUGGCUGGUUUGCAGGUCAGCAGGCUCAUACUGGGGGAUUUCAGUGACAAUGAGAGACUGCAGGACUUCGAGGGGGGGGUCUUGAGUGGACUGUGCCAGGUACAAAUGGAUGAGUUUGUCUUAAUCUGCCUCAAGGGGGUUGAGGAUGACACAGACAAUCUCUUUAACUGCAUAGGCAACGUCUCCAUUAUUCGCUUCGUGGACCUCAGACUUGAGGAGAUACCACAGGUUGCUGUGAGGUCUAAAGUGAAACAGCUGGAAUGCAAGAAAUGCAGUUUUGAGGAUGUGCCUUCCCAGAAGCUGUCACUUUUCAAGGAGCUGAGAGUGCUUCGUAUUACCCAGAACAAGGACCUCAAAGCCUUCGAGCAGAAUUUUGAGGGUCUCAGAAACCUGGAGGUCAUGGAUUUGAGUGAGAAUAGCCUCACCUUCAGCAAAUGCUGUUCCCCUCAGUUUCAAAACUGUCCAAAUUUGAAACACUUGAACUUAAGCUUCAAUUUCAAUAUCAGAUUGACUGGAGAUUUCACUAAUGUGAAUAACUUGUUAUAUUUGGACCUUCAGCACACAACUUUAUUUGGUCCUGGCUCCUACCCUGUCUUUCUGUCCCUUCAGAGACUGAUUUAUCUUGAUAUUUCCUAUACCAAAACUGAAGUUAAAUCCCAGUGCACAUUUUGUGGCUUAAACUCUUUGCAAGUUCUCAAGAUGGCAGGAAACUCCUUUGAGGACAAUAAACUGGCAAACAACUUCAAAAACCUAAGUCACCUCCACAUCUUGGAUAUUUCAAGCUGCAAAUUGGAACACGUGGAUCAAAGUAGUUUUGAUGCCCUCUCUGAGCUAGAAGAGCUAAACAUCAGUAACAAUAAGCUCCUGACCUUUGGUCCUGAAGUCUACCGGCCGCUCCAAGCCCUCCGAGUGCUGGAUUUCAGCAGGAACCAGCUGACUGUUCUGUUGGACUCAGCCCGGGAGAUCCUGCCUGACAGCCUGGUCCUGUUGGAUAUCUCUCAAAACCUGUUUGACUGUUCCUGUGUGUACCUGGACUUUCUGGAAUGGAUCAAGGAGAAGCAGGAGCUGCUGCAGAACAAGGAGCUGAUGCUGUGCCACACUCCCUCGUACGUGGCGAAUGUGAGCCUGCCAAGCUUUGAUCUGUCCUCCUGCCAUGUCAAUGCAGCCAAAGUUGCCUCCUCAGUGGUUGUGUUGCUCUGCAUAGUGGUGCUCCUCCUGCUAAUUUACAAGUACUACUUCCAGCUCUACUACUCCGUGGUGCUGCUCAGUGGGUGCAAACACUCGGCAGAAAGAGGUGACACCUACGAUGCCUUUGUGAUCCACUCCAGCAAAGACCAGGAAUGGGUGACAAAGGAGCUGGUGGAGCCCUUGGAAGGAGGAGCACCACCCUUCCACCUGUGUCUGUACUACAGGGACUUCCUGCCUGGGGUACCCAUCGUGACCAAUAUCAUCCAGGAGGGUUUUCUCAGUAGCAGGAACGUCAUUGCGGUCAUCUCCACUGACUUCCUGGAGAGCAAGUGGUGCAGCUUUGAGUUUGACAUUGCCCAGUCCUGGCAGCUGGUGGAGGGAAAGACUGGGAUCAUCAUGAUUGUGCUGGAAGAUGUGAAUAAGGCCCUGCUGAGGCAGAGGCUGGGCUUGUCUCGGUACCUGAGAAGGAACACCUACCUGGAGUGGAAAGACAAGGAAAUAAAUAAGCACAUCUUCUGGAGGCAGCUGACAGGAGUGCUGCUGAAAGGCAAAAACUGGAAUCAUGAGGAGGUAAAACUCAUGUGA